AUGGUGGAAAUUGAGCCCAAAUCCCCAAUGCUGAAGAACUUGAUCCAAGGCUUGCCAGUUGACACUAUCAAAAGCUUUGGCAAAGUCGAGGCAAAUAGCGCUGGCGGGAUCGUGUGA